UUUACUUCACAGCAAUCAUGGUGAAGUUUCAUGAAGAUUUCAAUAAUCCUGAAGAAGAAGAAGAAGAAGAAGAAGAAGAAGAAGAAGAAGUUGGAGAAGAAAUCAGCUAUGAUGAUCUCAAGAAGCGCAUGUGGAAAGACAGAGUUCUCCUCCAGAAGCUGAAGAAGAAAAGCAAAAUCGAAGACCCCCAACCGCUAGCCAAACAAGACGCGUCCCGGAGGAAGAAGAUGGCGAGAGCUCAGGAUUCCAUCCUCAAGUACAUGGUGAAGAUCAUGGAAGUUUGCAAGGCCAAAGGUUUCGUCUACGGGAUCGUCCCGGAGAAAGGCAAAGCCGUCGGAGGUUCGUCGGAAAGUUUACGCGAAUGGUGGAAAGACAAAGUCCGGUUCGAUCAGAACGCUCCUCCGGCACUCACCGAGGUCUUGCCGGUCGUAGAACAACUGGAAGAAGGUGAGAUAUGUCCUGUUUCCUGUAUGCAUCUCCUCCAUGAUUUGCAGGACACGACAUUGGGAUCCCUUCUUUCUGCUCUGUUGCAACACUGUGCUCCUCCACAAAGGAGAUUUCCAUUGGAGAAAGGUUUAGCUCCGCCAUGGUGGCCCAAUGGGAAAGAGCUUUGGUGGGGUGAACAAGGUGUUUCGCAUGAACAUGGUCCACCUCCAUAUAAGAAACCCCAUGAUCUUAAAAAGGCUUGGAAAGUCAGUGUCUUGACGGCUGUGAUCAAGCACAUGUCAACAGAUAAUAUGGAGAGAAUGAGAAGGUUGGUGAGGCAGUCUAAAUGUUUGCAAGAUAAAAUGACUGCAAAAGACAUUGCUACUUGGUCUAAAGUUGUUAACACUGAAGAAACACUUCUACUACUCACCGAAAAAUCUCUCAAAAUCUCUGAAGGGGAUGAAGGUGAUGGGAAAGAAGAAGAAGGAGAGAAUCCCUCCAAUUCAAUUGUCAAUGAGAAAAGGAAGAACAUGUUUGAUAGAGAAGCCGUCGAUUUUUCACUCUAUGCUUGCCAAAACACAAUGUGUCCCCAGAGCGAAUUGGCUCUGGGAUUCUUGGACAAGAAUUCAAGAACGAACCAUGAAUUACUAUGUGCCUACCGGGGUGAUAAAAAUAUUGAUCCCUCGAGCAAUACGCAGAUGAAAAGCGUGACGGAUUGGAUGAAUAUGGAGCUCCCGAAGGUGAAUCAGGAUGGCGUUGUUGCGGUUACCAAUGUAGAUGGUGAUGAAGAGCAUUCUUGCAAUGUAUUGGCUGACUAUUCGAGCUGGGGUAAUACCAUUGAAGAUCUAGCUAUGAAUGCAGUUUUCGAGAUGCCAAAGGAAAAUAUGGACUUGGAAGACAACCCCGUAUUACACCAGCAUAUCUCAAAUGAUCAACAACAAGCAACUUCUAUUUGGGAUUUGGGUUUUCAUUGGCCAAAUCAAGCUUAGAAAUAUGAUAUAUGCUAGUUAUUAUAUGAACAAGUUUGAUUUUCAUAUACCCAUCUACGUUUCUAAUUAGGUUAACUAUGAAAUGAAUAAUAAUGUAGCUCAUAGCUAGCUAGAAACAUUUGUACAAUUUCAUUUAGCUCUCUUUCUAUCUAUCAAUAAAUAUGUACUAUAAUUACAAUAUUAUUAUGUAGGUUACUCUCCAAAAAUCCGUUGUGAUUAAUUUAUAUA